GGCAACCCAGCCAGAGCGUCUGCAACAAGGAUCAGGAAGAGCUAGCCAGACCUAAAAGCCCAGCAAGCGCCUUGGAGGAGACUCUCCCCCCCCACACACACCUUUGUCCAGCUGGCUAUUGUUUUUCUUCUUCUGUCUUGCUCCCUUUGGCAUUUUCCACCCUUCCUUUCCUUGUUUUCAUGUGGAGCUUACCUUUGCUUGGCAACCACUAAAUCUCCCCCCCACACACACACACACAUCUUGCCACACUCCUCCCUCUGCACUCACUCCAAGGGCGCAGUCUCUCUCUCUCUCCCCAUAUUUGAAAUUAAUUUGUUUGUUUGGCUGCAGCACUGAGGCAGGACCACAGACCCACACACACACAAAAAGGAAAACCAUUUACUCUCUUCUCCCUCCUUGUGCCAAGGAAGCGAUGAAAUUUCCAAUUGAGACUCCAAGGAAACAAGUGAACUGGGAUCCAAAAGUGACUGUUCCGGCAGCCAUUCCCCCAGCUCGUGAGCCUGAAACCAAUAAGACCAGCACACACCAACCAGCACCACGACGUUCUAUUUCCUCCCCUCGGGCAAGUGUGAUUGCUAGUAUGGAAGCCCCGUCUCAGGGCUUGCAGACGGUCAUGAAGUGGAAAACAGUAGUGGCUAUCUUCUUUGUGGUUGUUGCUUACCUCAUCACUGGGGGCCUCGUGUUCCGUGCCCUGGAACAACCAGAAGAAAACAGCCAGAAGAACAGAAUAGCCAACGAUAAGGCAGAAUUCCUGCAAGAGAACAACUGUGUAUCCCAGCAGGAGUUGGAGGCAUUGAUUAAGCGGGUCAUCAAUGCUACCAGUGCUGGAGUCAAUCCUGUAGGAGACUCUUCCAACAGCAGCAGCCACUGGGAUCUCGGAAGUGCCUUUUUCUUUGCUGGAACUGUCAUCACAACUAUAGGGUAUGGAAACAUUGCACCAAGCACAGAAGGUGGAAAAAUUUUCUGCAUUCUGUAUGCCAUCUUUGGGAUCCCACUCUUUGGCUUUCUGCUAGCUGGCAUUGGUGACCAGCUUGGAACCAUCUUUGGGAAGGGCAUCGCCCGAGUGGAAAAAGUUUUUCGGAAAAAACAAGUGAGUCAGACAAAAAUCCGUGUGAUCUCAACUAUUCUCUUCAUCCUGGCUGGUUGCGUCGUUUUUGUUACUAUUCCAGCAGUCAGUUUCAAAUAUAUUGAGGAAUGGUCGGCUCUGGACUCCUUUUAUUUUGUAGUUGUCACUCUGACCACAGUCGGUUUUGGGGAUUUUGUGGCAGGAGGAAAUGCUGAAAUCCCUUACCGAGAGUGGUAUAAGCCCUUGGUAUGGUUCUGGAUCCUUGUAGGCCUUGCCUAUUUUGCUGCUGUCCUCAGCAUGAUUGGAGAUUGGUUACGGGUUCUUUCAAAGAAGACUAAAGAAGAGGUUGGUGAAAUAAAAGCCCAUGCAGCUGAAUGGAAAGCCAAUGUGACUGCAGAGUUCAGGGAAACCCGGCGGCGGCUGAGUGUGGAGAUCCAUGACAAGCUCCAAAGGGCGGCUACCAUCCGGAGCAUGGAGCGCCGGCGCCUUGGGCUGGACCAGAGAGCCCACUCAUUGGACAUGCUCUCCCCAGAGAAGCGCUGCGUCUUUGCUGCCUUGGACAGUGGCCACUUCAAGGCUUCAUCUCAGGAAAGCAUUAACAACAAACCGAACAACUUGCGCCUUAAAGGUUCGGAGCAGUUGAGCAAGCAUGGCCAGGGGGCAUCGGAGGAUAACAUCAUCAACAAAUUUGGCUCUUCAUCCAAGCUGACCAAGAGGAAAAACAAAGACCUUAAAAAGAGCAUCCCGGAAGAUGUGCGGAAAAUAUAUGAGACGUUUAGGAACUAUUCCUUGGAUGAAGAGAAGAAAGAGGAGGAUUCUGAGAAAGUGUGUCAUUCGGACCACUCUAGUACUGCUGUCCUCACCGACUGUAUUGAGCAACACUUGGGUUUGGAGAACGGAAUGAUCCCCAGUGAAACCAAAGAAAGGGAACAUGAAAACAAAUCAUUACUUGAAGACAGGAAUUAAAUGUAAAAACUCUCUUUGACUGUCUAAAGAACCAAUGUUAGUCUUUUAUACAUGUACAUGAUAUAUAGAUAGCUAGGUAGAUAUAUGUAUCAAGACAUGUGCCUUAUACAAACUCCAAAUUCAGUCUGAAUUACAUAGCAUCCUAGAAUAUUUCACUGUGCCAUAAUGACCGAAGCUUGCUCUGCCAAAAGAAAUCACAGAUAAAACCCUGGAGAAUGGCAUCUAAGGGUGGAAUACUGACAACAUCGUCCUACAUAUUUGCUUACCAUGGGAAACCUCAAAGUGCCAUGGUAAUACAGCUGAGAAGGUGAACAGCAGUGGCAGGAAUGUAUGAGAGCAAAGGCAGACGUCUUAGAAGAGCAUUUGGGGUCAUGAGGAAAGAAGGCCUCCAUUUGUCUUUGCAAUGAACCACAAGUUCCUUCUCUCCCUUUUAAAUAAAAAAUGCAAAAUUAUGGGGUGAACUGUCAGUAAGGCAGUUUUUACAGUUCAACAUAGGAUCCAAAUAUUAUUUAAUAUUGUAUUAAAACAAAUAAACAAUUGAAUUAGCUUUCAGUAAUCAAAAAACAUAAGAAUAUUAUGUUCGCAUAUGAGGAAGCCACUGAUGCCACUGAAACAGUGAUGAAAAUAGAGCAGGAUGCUUUUUACAGGGGAAAGAAAAGAAAAUCCACAAAAACAAUACAUUGUGAAUACAUACUUAUCAUAACAAAUGAAAAAAAUUAAAAAUAGGGGAAAAAGAAAACGAAAACACUUUACCCUUGGAAGAACUAAAUAAUCCAAGGGGGGGGGGGACUUCAGAACUUUAAAAGCUGCUUAUUUUUUAAGGGAGGGGAAAAUAUCAUAAUCUUGUGCUUGGUUCCAUAAACAGUGAGCCACUUUCCUUUUUAUAAAUUUUGCGUUCACACUUUGUAUCACUGAAGAGUUUCAGUUUUAAAGCUGUAAUUUUAUGAAGGUAGAAAACAAAGCAUUUGCAUGUUGUCAAACGUUUGCUAUUCCCUGUAGCAAAAUUUGAAUUCUUAAAAAAGAGAGAGAGAAAGAAAGAAAGAAAGAAAGAAAGAGCUAGAGAGAGAUAAGUGCAUAUACAAUGUAAAGUCAAAAGAGCAGGGUAACCUUCAAACUCAGGGCUCUGUGUCUCUGUUGGCAUUUAGGGUUAAAGUAGGAAAGAAAAUUCCCCUCAAUAUUCCAGAAAGGUGGUUAUGAUAAAAUAUGAUGAAAUGUUUUAAAUGCAUAUAGCUUUAAGUGCCAUUAAUAACAUCAUAAUUGUGCAACUGUCUAAUCACAUAUUUUGGCAAAUAUGCUCCUUUAAAGUUUUACAUUUCUUUCCCACUCACUUUAGUCUUCCUUCCUUCCCUCCAACCCUCCCUUCUUCUCACUCUCCUUCCUUCCUUCCUUCCUUCCUUCCUUGCUUGCUUGCUUCCUUUCAUUCCUAUCUUCCUUCCAUAGAAGCUAAGAAAUAUUUUUCUUUUUCUCAAACCAAAUGACAAAUGGACAAGGGAAAAACACCCUCAUGUUUUAUAUUCAUUGUUGUAUACUUGCUGUGUGGACAUAGAAAGCACAAAUGGCUUCAGACUUGAAAAUGAAUGUUAAAUGAAGAGGCUAAGAGAAAAUGAAUGGGAGUUACAUACAGUGCUGGACUCUUGUGUACAUUUGUAUGUUUAAGAAAGAGUAUGGUGCAUUGCUGGUGCUCAUUUAAAAGCCAAACAUACUUCGAAUACAUGUUGAAGUUCACAUAUGUUCAAACAAUCCUUUGGAUAUCAUUCAGAGGACAUCCUUUAAGCACUGUAAUCCAUUUGUCCCAGGCUGUUCAAAAUUGACCAAACCUGUUGCAACACUUUACAUUCUCUUACUUUCAUAAGUUUAGCCAAGCAUAAUUUAUCAAGAUAAUACCACCAAGAAUAGUUUGUGUGAUCUCAUCUUGAAAUCACAGGGCCCUUUUACACGAUGGAAUAUAGCACUAUGAUUCUAUUCUAACUAAUAUGGUUCCAUCCUGUGGAAUCCAGGGAUUUGUGGUGUUUAACGCUUCUCAGACAGACAGCUAUAGUUCUUUGCCAGACAACAUGACCCAGGAUUCCAAAGGAUGUAGCCAUAGCAGUUAACCUGGAAUCAUAGUGCUGUAAUUCUGUAAUGUGAAAGGGGUCUGGUUAAGACAGUUAAUGGCAGCAAGUGUGCAACAUGAUUAACUUUGACCUCACACUCUGCCCCCAGUAGUUUGGAUGUAGGAAAACUCCAGUAUAUGACUUUGAGAAGUGAUUGAUGUGGAUUUUUAUUUGUCUGUGAGGCCCUUGCUAAGGCAACUGUGAUCUUGAACCGGUGACUUUUCCUUCUCUCUAUCCUCAAUGUAUGGGGUGAGGGAUUUCAGUUUGUGCAGUAAAAAGCAAGUCUGGUCUCCUCUCAAAUGUAUUGUUUACUGUGUUACACAGAAUGUAAUGGUAGUAACUAAGAAUCAAGCCCUCCUCCUCAUGUCUGUAAAAUCCUGCCUAUAAUAUGCAAAUUCUUAAACUGUUUGUUGGUCACAUUAAGAUGGAACUGAAAGUGUGGCUUGCCCAGUGUGUUUGCAUGGCUGAAUGGGGAUUUGUAGCCAAUACUCAAACCACUAAACCACCAGCGGUUCCCACCCUGUCCUCUGUGGAGCCCUUAGGGCUCCGUGAAUCAAAAAGUUUGGGAACCCCUGCACUAAACCAUGCUGGCUCUUGUGGUGUACUGUUUCUUAUUCUGUAUUACAAGUAAGG